ACCGCAACGCUAGAUGCAACAAAUACUGACGACAUAUCCCAGAGAAACCCGGAAAAGGGCUUUUCGAGGAGGGUUUUGUUGAAAGCUACUACCACACAGAUUCUGAGUAGACUGUGAGUGUGCAUGGGCAGUUAGUACAGUAUGGAGGAGUUCCCAGAGAGCUUUAACCAGCUGGAACUGCUGAAGACCCACGACCACCUGAUCCCCCGCGGAGCAUGCAGCCUCUGGCCGGGAGACGAAGAAGAGGAGGAGGAGGAGGAGGGGGAAAGGAGUGAAGAGUGGUAUCAGCAGAAGGAGGAGAAGCUGAAAGACAGACCGGAGGAGCUAAUGCUGUGGGCGGCAGAGAAUAACAGACUGCCAACGGUGAAGCGGCUGCUCUCGGUCGACCCCUUGCUUGCGCAUUGCCAGGACGAGGACGGCUAUACUCCGUUGCACCGUGCGGCCUACGGAGGUCACGCCGCCACGACCUCUACCCUGUUGGCAGCGGGCACCGAAGUUGACUCCCGCACUGCCGACGGCUGGACGCCCCUACACAGCGCCUGUCGCUGGGGCCAAGUUGCCACCGCAUCCCUCAUGUUGCGCCAAGGGGCGAAGCUGGACGCCCAGACCAACGGUGGCCUCACAGCGAUCCACCUAGCUGCCUCCCACCCUACAGGCUCCGCCCACACGCUGGAGUUCCUCCUAUCGCAGCGCCACAUCAAGGCGGAGCUUCGGAGCAAUAGCGGGGAGACGGCCAGUGAAAUCGCACGCCGAAGUGGACCGCAUCACUUCCUGUUUGAGAUGGCGGAGGACUGUAACAGCGUGCUGUCUCCCCGGUGACCCCCCCCUUCACACACACACAUACAUACAUCAGCUCUUCUUUCCCUCUACCCAGAGGCCUUCAUGGAAGACAAGACAGUGUUCCAAGAAGUGUCUUAUGAACGUAUGAACAGUCAUGUACACCAUGUAUGUCUUUCUUUGCAGUCCUGGGAGGAAACCUCAAUUCUCAAUAUGAUGACAGUUUAUCUCAUAUAUUCUCUGUACGCUUUAUUUGUCUGAGUCCUAAAUGGCAACAUAUUCUGUACAUAGUGCACUACUUUUUGGUCCUAGUCAAAACUAUGUAAGGGAAUAGGGUGCCAUUUGGGAUGCAACCCUAAUAGCCGAGUACUUUUGAAUGGGUUGAAAAUAAGUGGUCCAAUUAGCAUCCUCUCAGGAACUAUGGGUUAUUUUUAGCAUGGAAACCCACAUGGUCAGACUGUACAAUCUUGUGAUUGGUUGAAGGUGAUCCAAUUGCUGACUUUAAUCUUUUUUUUUUUAUAAUGCCCGUCAUUACAGACAUAGGCUCAAAUGGGUUUCAGCGGUGGGAUGACUAAUAUUGUGAAAUGAAGCAGAUCAGUUUGGGUUCCAGGCUAAAUUGUGUGUGCUGGAGUAAUGUUUCUCAUUGGUCUCAUUGGUCUCUGAGCAUUAAUUCAUUUAUUGAAUUGAUUGUUGAGCGUUGUGGAUAUUUUAGAUGUGUCAUGAUUUAUUCUAAUUCUAUGGUUACAGCUAAUUUGUUAGUCAUCCAAGUGUCAUCCGUGCUCGCUGUAGAAAUAAAAAAUCUAAUCAGUGUAAAUCUUUAAAGACGUUUCCCUUAAUGGCUUUGCAUGUCCCAUCUCCCUUUACAAAUAAUGUCCGCCAUUUUGAUAGCGCUUACCAAACACAACCUGAGGAUAUUAUUCAGAACCGCGUUCAUUUCCAAAUGUUUGUUUGCCUCUGGGAUGUCCAUGGGAAGAUGUCUGAAGUGUGUCUAUGCCCAGUUUCAAACUCACUUGGGAUAAAGUGCUGUGCCAUGUU